AUUGGCCUGAUGGUUGGCAUCGGCGGCAGUGCACCAAGUCGAAAACAUGAUAUUCGUCUUGGGGAUAUUGUGGUCAGCAUUCCUAAUAAUCGUCAAAGGGGUUUAUUUCAGUAUGACUUUGGGAAAACGGUCCAGGGUCAGAGCUUCCACCCAACAGGCUUCUUGAACCAGCCACCUACUAUCCUGCGGGUGGCAGCGAACGGACUAAAGGCUCAAUAUGAUAUUGAAGGCCAUCAGCUCGACGAUGUGAUCAAUGGAAUUCUAGAGAAGGAACUGAGAUUGCGGGAGAAAUAUAAGCGUCCGGGUCCGGCCAGUGGUCGACUCUACCGCAGUCAGAUCGUCCACACUCCAAAUGAUGAAUCAAGCUGUGAUCUUGCUUGCGGCAAUGAGCCACCUUCACGAAUUAGUUGCGUUUCGGCGGACGGAUGACGAGGGUCAUCUUGAGCUUGCUUAGCCGAUUUCUUUUACUACAGGGGGGAUGGAUGAGCAGCCUCAGACGACUGCUUUGCUAGACUUGUGGUAUCUUGGGAUGCUUGCUGCUCAGGACCGGGGGGAUUAUCGGUGGCGUUUGUAAUCUAUUGAUGAAUGGGCAUGUGUAUAUAUAGCGUGGGGAAUCAAGAGGAAACAUUGAAAGACCGUCCGGCCCACCAUUCUUUACUGAAUUGUUACGUGCUAUAAAACAUUAAAUAGCAGUAUCAAACCAGCAUGUACUCUACAUGGGCUUCGUGAUAGUUACCAGGAGACAAUUGGCCAAAAUGUACGAG